AUGGACAAAGGGGAGGUGGACAAAGGGGAGGUGGACAAAGGGGAGGUGGACAAAGGGGAGGUGGACAAAGGGGAGGUGGACAAAGGGGAGGUGGACAAAGGGGAGGUGGACAAAGGGGAGGUGGACAAAGGGGAGGUGGACAAAGGGGAGGUGGACAAAGGGGAGGUGGACAAAGGGGAGGUGGACAAAGGGGAGGUGGACAAAGGGGAGGUGGACAAAGGGGAGGUGGACAAAGGGGAGGUGGACAAAGGGGAGGUGGACAAAGGGGAGGUGGACAAAGGGGAGGUGGACAAAGGGGUCUAG